UUUCUGUUCUCUCCUGCAGCUCCUGUACCCACACCACAAACCCAUACACUGAUCUACACCAUCAUAAAACCAACGGCACUUUUAAGAGCCAAACUCUCCCUAUCUCCCUAUCUAGCUCUCUUAUAUCUAUCAUCUAUUUCUUUAUUCACCCUUCUAUCUAUUCUGUGUACUUCUCUACUUUCCUGUGUUUGUCAGUCUGUCUGUUUGUAAUCCUGUGUUAAUCAUGCCAGGUGGGUCUACAAAAAAGACAUGUCCCUUCUGUCAGAACAUUUUAUUUUGUGCACAGAAGAUCUGUGCACAUUGCCUUAAGGAGCAGCCAAAAAAGCUGCGCCUUGAGAAGAAGCUCAAGCGGUUUGAUGAGAAGCGAGAGGAUUGGGUGUCUGGGCGGAAGAAGAACCACAACAUUGCUUCCAUCAAGGAUGAAGCCAUUGUCUUGCUUGAGAAACUCCAUGCCAUUGGCUUUAAACCAGUGCUGCUUCUUGGCAAGGAGACCAGGAAGAAGGAGGUCAAAUGUGAAAUCCUAACCCCUCGCUGCACACUGACCGCCUAUGCCCAGGAUUACCUUGACAAGACAGGCACUUUUUAUGAGUUCCUUUGUGAAGGUUGGACACAGGACUCCACUGGCCAGGGGGUUGCGGAAGAUCCUGAGGAAGAGACAGUCACGCUGAACCUCACACCCUGUGACCCAUCUGAACCAGAAAACAACUGGCAGGAGGCAGGGACGUCAGAGACAAGCACUGUGCAGGUGGAGGUGCUGAAGACCCCCCCCGUGAAGCAGUGUACCACCAAAGAGGUAGGGCAGGAGGCAGGGACGUCAGAGAGCCAGGUGCCAGAGACAAGCACCGUGCAGGUGGAGGUGCUGAAGACCCCCCCCGUGAAGCAGUGCACCAUCAUAGAGGUGGGGCAGGAGGAGCAGCCCCAGCGGGAUGAUCUGAGACAGGCUACCACCACGGAGGGGCCAGCUGUCAGGACAGGGUCCGUGAGGGACACAGUACUUGGUCCUAGACGCAAAAAGAAAAAGUCAGAUUGCUCCUACCACACUCGCCUAGAAACUUUCCCCAUCAGGAGUGUAAUAAGAGAAAGAAUGAGAAAGGGAAAAGCAGAGAUGUUGGUGGAGUGGGAGCCCUGUCCAGUAUGUGGCAAGGAGUGGGCUCAUUCCUGGCAGCCGAAGAAUUCUCCGGGAUAA